AUGAUUGCCACAACUCAACAAAACAUGACCACGGACCUGGACCUGGGGAGCUCCGACGGUCCUCCGCGGAACUGGAAGGGCAUAGGAAUUGCCAUGGUGGUGAUCCUGGGUGUCAUGUCUUUGGUCAUUCUCUCCGUCAUCCUCCUCACGCCUGAUGAAUCUCACCUGUUACUCCGCUCCCAUCUCACCAUGGAGGAUUUGGAGAGUGAAGAUUUCAAAGUUCAUGACCACUGCGCGACAUGGUUGAAUGAACACGAAGUGGCUCUCCGCACCCGAGAGGGACACGUCCUGUCAUUCAGCCUCAACAACAACCUCACCACUACCCUGCUGGACAACAGCUCCCUGGACCUGACUUCUACUAAAUUCCAAGUGUCAGCAGACAAGAGGUUUGUCCUCUUGUCGUAUAACAUCAGACCGGUGUUCUCUCAGUCCUUCACAGCCUCCUAUGCUAUCUACAAUGUGGCUAAUGGGGAUCUGUUGGAGCUUAACCCACCGGACGUGGAGAAGGCAGUGCUACAAUAUGCCUCUUGGGGGCCUCAGGGGAACCAGCUGGUUUAUGUGUUUGACGGAGAUAUCUAUUACAAGCCGAGCGUGACCAGCAAACCCCUGCGUCUCACAACCACUGACCAGGAGCAGAAUGUGAUGAACGGGCUCAGUGACUGGACUUAUGAGGAGGAGGUGCUCUUGACAUAUGUUGCACACUGGUGGUCGAUGGACGGGGCACGGCUGGCGUACCUCACCAUCAACAACUCUGCCACACCAGUGAUGGAAAUACCACACUUCUUAGGUGGUCUCUACCCCUCCAACGUGUUCUUCCCCUACCCCAAGGCCGGCUCAAGCAUCCCAUCAGUCAGUCUGUUUGUGGUGAAUCUGUAUGGUCCAGCUCACACUCUGGAGAUGUUGCCUCCUGACUCCCUCAGGGUCAGAGACAGCUACAUCUCCAUGGUGACUUGGAUCAGCAGCACCCGCCUCGCGGUUCGUUGGCUGAAUCGCGCCCAGAACCAAUCGGUGCUCUGCGUGUGCGAGGCCACCACAGGGGCAUGCUCAGAGAAACACAAAAUGGCCAUGGAUAUAAUGCAGAACCAGCGGCAGGACGUGCCGUUGUUUUCAGCAGACGGCUCUAUGUUUUAUACGAUCCUGCCAGCAAAACAGGGGGCUCGUGGAGAGUUUCACCACAUCGCUGGUCUUUCAGCCCAGCCUGCCAUCCCUUCUGUUCCCCCUCGCUUCUUGACAUCGGGGAUCUGGGACGUCACCUUGCUCUGCGCCCUAGACGAGAAGGCUGGAAAGAUAUAUUUUCUGAGCACAGAAGAGUCCAGACAAAGUAGACACCUUUACAGUGUGGACCUGGAUGGAGUGUUUCAGCGCCAGUGCAUCUCCUGUAAACUCAUAGAUGGAUGUGGCUUUUUUAAAGCUGAAUUCAGCCCCAACCAAACACACUUUACCCUCUACUGCCUUGGCCCGGGAAUCCCUAAAGUGACACUUCACAGUACAAAGGACCCCUCCAGGUAUGUUGUCUUGGAGGAUAACAGCGCUCUGUCUAAAGCCCUGGAGAAUAAGAGGCUCCCUGAGACGCUGUUCAGGACACUUCCAGCUGACAACUAUGAUCUGCACCUGAAAUUAUCUCUACCUCAGGGUUAUGAGGCCAACCUGCACCCUCUACUCAUCAUUGUAGAUGGCCUCCCCGGCAGUCAGUCAGUGACGGAGGAAUUUGCCCUGGACUGGCCUCAGGUCCUCUCCAGCUCACACAAUGUGGCCUUGGCCUGGGUGGACGGCAGGAGUGGGGUCGGACGUGGACAGAAGACCAUCACGGUGGAUCCACGCAAACUUGGCUCACUUAAAGUCAAAGAUCAUCUGGAUGUUGUGGAGUUGUUGAUGCAGCUGCCUUAUAUUGAUGAUCGUCGGAUGGCCCUCUAUGGCAAGGCAUUUGGUGGUUACUUGACUCUCAAGAUGUUAGCUGCAACAGAUAAGCUCUUCCAGUGCACAGCAGCUGUGGCACCGAUAACCGACUUUCGGCUUUAUAGCGCUGCAUUCUCAGAGAGAUAUUUAGGCCUUCCAGCAAAGGAGGAGCACGUUUACUCGACUGCCUCUUUACUGGAGGAGGUUAACAAACUGAAAGAUGAGAACUUUCUUAUAUUACAUGGAACUGCAGAUGCGAGGGUACACUUCCAGCACAGCGCUGAGCUCCUGAGCCGACUGGUGAAGGUGGAAGCCAACUACUCGCUACAGCUGUAUCCCGAUGAGGGCCACGUCCUGAGAGAGCCGCGCAGCAUCCAGCACUUCCAGCGGACAGUGGUUAACUACCUCCAAAGCUGCUUCAAGCACAGCGUCCUCUUAGAUCCCAUAGAGGUCGAAGUGGAGGAAGAUGACUGA